CAUCUCGCCACCAUCACCAUGGUCGAAGCCACCCUCAGCAAGGAGCAGCGCGACACGGCCCUCAACGACGAGCCGACCAUCGCCCCGCCGAUCGACGCCGACAUCAAGCACAGCGACGCCGCCUCUCGCCUCGAGCACCUGCGCGUCUCGGACGAUGAGCUCGUCGGCAAGCUCAAGUACGAGCAGCUGUCGCUCUACGAGAAGAAGUCCGUUCUCAUCAACCGCGAGCUCGAUUUCAUGAACAAGGCGUCGUUCUGGGGCAUGGGUCGCUACCAGUGGUGCAUCUUCUUCCUCUGCGGCUUCGGCUACUUUCUCGACCUCGUCUGGGCGCAAAUCGGCGGCCUCAUCGGCGGUCAGAUCCAGCAGGAGCUCGGCAUCGCCGACAACCGCAUCGGCGACCUCUCGACCUGCUUCUCGGCCGGCCUCACGGUCGGCGCCUUCUUCUGGGGCCUCGCCGUCGACAUUAUCGGCCGCCGGUGGGCCUUCAACUUGACUUGCCUCAUCGCGUCCGUCUUUGGCCUCAUCUUUGCCGCGCCGAGCAACUAUGGCGCUCUAUGCUUCAUCAACUUCUGCAUCGGUCUCGGCGUCGGCGGCAACAUCCCCAUCGACGCCUUGAUCACGCUCGAGUUCCUGCCGACCAACCGGCGCUUCCUCCUCUGCGCCCUCUCGACCUUCCAGCCUCUCGGCGUUACCAUCGCCUCGCUCAUCUCGUGGGGCCUCGUGCCUCGCUACGCCUGCGACACGGCCCUCCCGGCGUGCGGAGGAGGCGUCGAGCCCUGCUGCCGGCGCAGCGACAACAUGGGCUGGCGCUACGCCGUCAUCGUCUGCGGCUGCAUGACCCUCGGCAUUUUCAUCCUGCGCUUCGUCGUUUUCACGUUUUACGAGUCGCCCAAGUUCCUGCUCGCAAAGGGUCGCGACGACGAGGCGAUCGACGUCCUGUACAAGAUCGCCAAGUUCAACAAGCAGCCGCAGCCGCAGCUCACGAUCGACGAUUUCCGCCUGCUCGACAAGGAGGUCGCCGAGCGCGAGUCGAUCACGUCGGACGAGCCUAUCCUCGAGGGCACUCGCCCUCUCACGACUGGGCAGCUCAUGCGCCAGCGCCUCAAGCAGUUCGCCGGCCAGUUCAAGCACCUCAAGGGUCUGCUCGCGACGAAGCGCAUGAUCUGGCUCUCUCUCACCCUCUGGGUCGCCUAUAUGGCGCUCUUCUUCUCGUUCUCGAUCGCGGGUGGCUACCUGCCACUCAUCCUGCGCGCCAAGGGCAUCGACACGAGCGCCGGCCUCGACGAGACUUACCGCAACUACGUCAUCGUGUACCUGCCAGGUGUCACCGCGACAAUCCUCGGCGCGUUCCUCAUGGAGAUCAAGUGGCUCGGUCGCAAGUACGCCAUGGCGUUCGCCGCCGCGCUCAUGGGCACGUCGCUCUUCCUGUUCGCCACCGUCUCGUCGUUCACGGCGUACACGGGCCUCAACCUGUUCGAGUACUGGGCUCAGUCUCUCUAUGCCGCUCUCCUCUACGCCGCGACGCCCGAGUACUUCCCUGCGCCGUACCGCGGGUCGGGAUCCGGCAUCGCCUCGACGCUCGGCCGUCUCGCGUCGACGGUCGCUCCCGUUGCGUCGGGUACCAUCUUCAACCCUCGCAGCAACUCUGUCCUGUAUAUGGCCGGUGGUGCGGCUCUCGUUUCGAUGCUCGCGAUCCUGUGCUUGCCGUUCGACACUCGCGGGCGUCACACUUUCUGAGCGAGUUCUCGCUCGUCCAUUCCCAGCCUUGUCUCUCUCUCUCUCCUUUCCACGGUUCGUGUAGAUACCUGCAGUUGCAGAUCGACUUUGUUCAGGG